ACUGCUGCGCGUCCAUAUCAAGUGAAUUUAGCCUGUUUUACGAGAUCAAUAGAAAAAUACAGAUGCUGAAUCGUCGCGCGGUAUAUUGUUAUUUGUGUUCAAUCUCAGUCUGAAUUUCAGCCAGUAAACACGUUCUCUGAAAAAAGUCCUCGGCAUCGUCACUCAUCCGAGUGUAGUAGUGGGCCACUCAUAACAUUGCAGAAGUGGUCGGCCCUUUAUGUGAAGUGAUGUAAAGUGAAUAGUCCUUUCAAUAUGUAGGAAGGUUUAGGAAACAGGUCUUUAUUUUUCUUGAAUGAUCGUGUGAUGCCGUUGACAUGAUUUGGCUGAUAGUAGUGACGGCCUUGGCUAGCGUGCAUGGCGAACAAGUGCUGCUUCUCGACACUACAGCAGAAGAUACUCUAGGCUGGACCCGGUUCUCGUAUGGUGCGCAGGCUAGCACUGCCGGCUGGCUCGAAGAAUCUUACACUAACUUUGAAAAACAAAUAAACUGGCGCUCCUAUGUGGUCUGUGACGUCGCCCACCAUAAUGUGAAUAACUGGCUCUGGACCCCGUUCAUCGAACGCAGAAAUGCCAAUAGAAUCUACAUAGAAAUCAAGUUUACUAUUCGUGAUUGCUCACUUUUCCCAGGAAAUGCAUUGAGUUGUAAAGAAACAUUCAGUCUCUUGUAUUAUGAAUUUGAUGUUGCCACUAGAGAACAACCUCCCUGGGAGCCCGAGAGUUACAAGUUAGUUGGCCGCAUCGCCGCAGGGGAAGGCAGAUUUAACACUAACUCUGAAGUGGACAUCAACACUGAAGUGAAGAGUAUUGCAGUCACAAAGAAAGGUGUGUAUUUUGCAUUUAGAGAUCAAGGAGCCUGCAUAUCUAUUUUGGCAGUGAAAGUCUAUUACAUCACAUGUCCUGAUGUCAACAUUAACUUUGCAAGAUUCCCUGCCACUCCCACUGGUAGGGAAGUUACGGUUAUUGAACAAGCCAAUGGAACUUGUGUUGCUAAUGCUGAGGUUGCUCCUGGUGAAAAAGCCCCUGUUUAUUUAUGCAAGGGUGAUGGCAAAUGGACCCUUCCCAGUGGCUCUUGCAAAUGCAGGGCAGGCUUUGAACCUGACCACAACAAUCAAAUUUGUACAGAAUGUGCACCUGGAAAAUUUAAAUCUCACACUGGUGACGAACACUGCAUCCCGUGCCCUGAUCAUUCUGAGUCAACCAUAUAUGCUGCUGCUGAAUGUAAAUGUACUCCAAAAUACUAUAGAGCCAAGAAAGACCCAAAAACCAUACCCUGUACUCAACCACCUUCAGCACCUGAUAAUUUGACUGUAACAUUUGCUGAUCAGUUUUCUAUUUCUCUUACUUGGCAACCGCCACAUAAUACUGGUGGAAGAAAUGAUAUUACAUAUAAGAUUUCAUGUGCCAAUUGCGGCCCCACUGUGGAAUUUAGACCAGGAGAGACUGGCCUUAAUAGUACACGAGUUACAAUUAGUGGUCUAGAUCCAGUAACUGAAUACAAGUUUCAAGUUUAUGCAGAAAAUGGAGUGUCUGAACUCUCUCCUGAUCCUGCAAAACACAUAGAAAUCACAGCAGUAACCGAAGCCUCUGUAGUGAGUGUAGUGUCAAAAUUGAGGAUUUUGAACACAGAAAGUGAUAGGUUAACAAUUGCUUGGAAUCCACCACAAGUAGACUUAACUGAUCCUGAUGACACUAUAGAGAGCUAUGAAGUGAAAUGCUUUCCAAAAGACAGUCAAGACAAAAAUACCAACACCACCCUGAGGAUUACUAAGGACCCACAGGUCACCAUUACAGGAUUAAGAAAAGACACUGAAUAUGGCAUUAGGGUCAGAGCCAAGAUGAAGAGAGGAUGGGGAGAAUUCAGUGGAAUUGUAUAUGCUCGAACCAAUUCUGUUACUGAAACUUCAUUCAUUGACGAAGAAGGAGCUCAAGUUAGAUUAGUUGCUGGUGUUAUGGUGGCAGUAGUUGUCCUCACAGUGAUUGCCAUCAUUGCUACUGUUUUAUUUUUGAGAUCUCGUGCUGAUGAUGAAUGUGAUAAAAAACAACCUAGUGAUUGUAAUGCUCUUAAUUAUAGAAAUGGAGAAGUUUACACAGGACCUGAUCGUCCUGCUAAGACAAGCAGCAAUGCUACCACUCCUCUUUUUGCUGGCACUGGUUCCAGGACUUACAUAGACCCUCAUACAUAUGAAGACCCCAAUCAAGCUGUCAGAGAAUUUGCACGUGAGAUUGAUGCAUCAUGUAUUACUAUUGAAGCAAUAAUAGGUGGUGGUGAAUUUGGAGAUGUUUGUCGUGGCAAAUUGAAACUUCCAGCUAGUUGUGGCCCAGAAAUUGAUGUUGCCAUCAAGACAUUAAAACCAGGCUCCACUGAACGAGCUCGACGUGAUUUCCUGGCUGAAGCGUCUAUAAUGGGCCAAUUUGAACAUCCAAAUGUGAUAUUCUUACAGGGAGUCGUCACAAAAUGCAAUCCAAUCAUGAUUAUUACUGAGUUCAUGGAAAAUGGAUCUUUGGACACUUUCUUACGGGCGAAUGAUGGAAAAUUUAGAGUGCUGCAAUUGGUUGGUAUGUUACGUGGUAUCGCCACUGGAAUGCAAUAUCUUUCAGAGAUGAACUACAUCCAUCGUGACCUAGCUGCACGAAAUGUACUUGUCAAUUCUCAACUUGUUUGUAAGAUAGCUGACUUUGGUCUCUCUCGUGAAAUUGAAUCUACUGCUGAUGGAGCCUAUACAACCCGUGGUGGAAAGAUUCCAGUGCGAUGGACAGCACCAGAAGCAAUAGCAUUUAGGAAAUUUACUUCUGCCAGUGAUGUCUGGUCUAUGGGAAUAGUGUGCUGGGAGGUAAUGAGUUUUGGGGAACGACCUUAUUGGAACUGGAGCAACCAAGAUGUGAUUAAAUCAAUUGAAAAAGGAUAUCGUCUACCAGCUCCUAUGGACUGUCCUGAGGCUGUGUAUCAGCUGAUGCUUGAUUGCUGGCAGAAAGAACGAACACACAGACCAACUUUUUCAAGCAUUGUGAAGACACUAGAUAAAUUAAUUCGUUGCCCAGAUACAUUGAGAAAGAUUGCCCAAAACCGUUCAGCAGACCCUUUAGCAGGCGAUACUCCAGACUUGAUUCAGUUUACAUCAGUGGAAGAAUGGCUUGAAUGCAUAAAAAUGUCACGGUACAUCGAGAAGUUUCGAGCGGCGGGCAUUUCCGACAUGGAUGCGGUGGUCGACUUGACUGUGCAUCAGCUGGCAUCUCUCGGCGUGACUCUUGUCGGUCAUCAGAAGAAGAUUAUGAAUAGUGUGCAGAGCAUGCGGGCUCAGAUCCGGGGCAGCGGUCCUUACGGAUUUCUUGUAUAGAAAGUGCACAGUGAUAUAAACAGGAUAAAUAGACUUGAAUGGCAGAUACAUGGACUGAUCUCGCAGGACUCUGUACUCCAACAGUGGUCAUACUGAAUUAAAUUAGGCAUCUGUAUAUUUUUCUAAAUCAAACUGCCAUAGUAUUAGACAUAGUAUUUAAUGAGACUUUUUAAAUGCAACUUUUUAUAUCAUGCUGAUUAUAUAUUUUUAUUCAUGUUUUUUUCUAUACUUGACUGACUUGGCCUAUUUGAAUUUGAUGCUUUAUAUUAAAACGAACACUACCGUCUCUUAGCCUAAACAACGAAUCAAAGUCAUUAUUAAUUUAUUAUGUAAUAUUUGAGAUGAAUGUGAGUUCGUUAAUUAAGAAGACUUGAGGUGAUAAAAAGAUUUCUUCUGUUCUCUAUUAUUUUUAUCUCUAUUAUUUUAAAUUAGUAAUUGUCUUAUGAUCAUCAACGAUUAUGCACCUUGUCCUUUUUUCUUGUCCAUUGUAUGAUCUUUAUUUUUACAAACAAUAUAUGUUCAAGAAAAAUUUAGAUUAAAAGGAGUAGCCUUAUAGUGCCACCAAUAUGAGAAAUAUUGAAAUACAAUAUUUAUAAAUAAAUAUCUAGUUAGAGAAUUUCUGUAUUUUUAUGAAUAUUGUAUGUAUAUUCAUGAUUUUGAAUAUUAAAUCUAAUGCAUUAAAACAUUCUAAUUGUAUGUUGACAGAGUUUGACUACUUUGUUUGGUGAUUCACAUCGGUGGUCAAACUCAUUAAAUUAUUGAUAUAUUUAUAUCAUUCUUGACAUUGUGAUUAAAGUACUUAAUUAUUAUAGUAUUUCUGAAACAAUUAGAUUGGUAUAAUUAUUUGCUUUAUACUUUAGAAGACUUUAUUUUUCUAUUGAAAAUAUUUUUUUGAGUGCCUGUCAACUUUUUCGUAAAACAGACUUAGACAAUUACGUUACAUGAAUCAAUCUAUAUAGAGACAUCUUGUAAACUGUAAUUUAUAAUCACUUUUGGCCUGAAGACAUACAAUCAAAUAAGAAUAAAAAAUAUUCUCAUUUUGUAUUUUGUAUAUUGACAAAACCUGUUUUGAACAUCCUAGAUUUUUGAGUAUUUCUGUAUUAAUUCCUUCUUUAUGAACAAUAUGAGGAGAUCUAGUGGCAAACCCCCUUCCUCCAUUUCAUUUGAAGUUAAAAUCAUCUAUGGCAUUACAGCAGAUGAAGGUAUUUAGAUAAAUGCCAACUAUCUUCAUUGCUGAUAUAAGAAUGUACUAAUUUAAAUUUUCAAAUUAAAAACUCAAAUAUCUUUUGUUUUUCGUAUUAUUUAUGAAACAGUGACAAUUUUUUAGCAAAACAAAUUAUUCUGAUGAAAAACAAUUACCAUGAUUGAUUCAUGUAACAAUUUGGUUGAACCUUUGUCAGUAAUGCAACUGUGCUCUCAAAUCCAGUGAUCAUAAUCCAGUGGUCAUAUUCCCAAUUGUACAAUAAUUGUUAGUACGAUUAUAUUCAUUCCCUUUUUGUAUUAUCUAUUUAUGUAAUUAGUCAUAGUAAAAUAUUGCCAAUAUAGUUCAUAAGAGCUUCGCUUUUUUCUGAGCUUUGUGAUGAUUAACCGACUGCGAACGUUAUGCUAUGCGAAUAAUGUGAAUAUAUCACUGCUCUGCGAUAAUAUUCCUGUUUCAUAACGUCGUUUAGUCUUCACCACGAUGUUAUUGCUCAAUCGACUCACGAUAUUUAAUAACGACAACUCUGAUUAUCUCACCAUUUUUAGAAUAUAGCAUAAAAAAGAAAUAGAAUAUAGUAAGAUGCGUUAAUUACCCGUGGAUGUAAGGAAAAUUGUCUCCAUCAUUACAAGAUAAUGUAUACCAGAAUAUUUAUUAGCGUUAAAAAUAAAUUUAUUCUUAUUUGAACUUUAAAAUUAUUGUAUUUCACAUGUUUUAACGAAAAAUGUCCCUGAUAAGCUUAUAGAAAUAAUAUUAUAAUACUUUUAAGGAACAAUAUAUGUAGUUCCAGUUGUAAUGUACUAUUAUAUAUUACUAGAAUGAAUGUUUAACGCCAAUAUGAUCCAUAUCACAUAUUAAUUGAUCAAUCUAAUAUACAAUGAUUAAUGGCCUCAAGUUUUUAUUCGUUUCGAACCUGUUGAAAUAAAAACAAAACUUUCCACAGAAAAUUAUAAUUUAUGAACGUUUUGUAUUUACAAUUAUAUUUUAUUAUCCAGUUUGCGAGAAAAGGUACCUAUGUAGGUGAUCGAUCGUGUGUUGAGAUGUAUCUGUAAUUCAAUAAUAAGAGUUCAGAGUUGCAUGGGAUUCAACGAGAUAUAAACAUGUUGAAAUAAUACUAGCACUGAACA